GAAGUCAAAGUAUAUCACUGUAUUGUGAGAAUCGAAUUGUGUAAUUGCCAAUUAUGAUUUAUCAGCUAGCAAGGGUUACACUAAAAUACAAAAGCAUAACCCAAAGUUGUGAAAAGACAUCGAGAAAGUCCACCACGACGAACACUGAUUUACAAUUACCCAGGACCUUACAUUUGGCCAAUGACAGCUAGCCCGAUUUACAAGGGGGGCGCGACCAAUCGACCCGGACCCUCCUACUGCGUGGCUGCCGAAUGCGUCCGCCACAGCCCACCGUGUCAGUGUUUGCACGGCACCGAGUACAGGCACAAGCCAUCAACGACGAAACGUUUUCGACGAUACCAAUUGUUCAUAAAUCCCGUUUUCAAUUUGUAUUUACUUUAACGAUGAAUUUUUAUGCAAUAAAAUUGUUGAACUUAUUGUGCGUUUAAAGUGUUUAUUAUUUUCAAUUUUCGGUUUUUAUACAUAUGGCGUAAAUAUUCUUUUAAGUUUUGAAAAAUACAUCAUGUCGUCGUACCUGUCACCAAGAGCCGAUAUGAACGGUAGCGGCAGCGUCAGCCUGUCUCCGAGCAGUUGUAUAGAAGCUCUCAGUGAAAGUUCCUUAUCUAGCGUUGGUGCACCGAGUGGUACAGUUACUGUGUCUGAUUUCUUGCAAUCAAAGCGAAGUCUAUCUUUUUCUUCGGAACAAGUUUCGUGUAUGUGCGAAGCCCUUCAACAAUCCGGAGAUGUGGACAGACUGGCCCAGUUCCUUUGGUAUUUGCCACCUAGCGAGUUACUACGCGGUCAAGAAGCCGUACUUCGAGCCAGAGCACUUGUGGCUUUUCACAGAAGCGCAUUUCACGAGCUUUACGCCAUACUAGAAAGUCAAAGUUUCGAUCCCAGACACCACGUACAGCUCCAACAGUUAUGGUUCAAAGCGCAUUAUUUGGAAGCAGAAAAGAUUCGUGGACGGUCAUUGGGCGCCGUCGACAAGUACCGACUCCGGAAAAAAUAUCCGCUACCCAAAACCAUAUGGGACGGCGAAGAGACUGUGUACUGUUUCAAGGAGAAAUCGAGGAAUGCUUUAAAAGACUGUUACCUUAAAAACAGAUACCCUACGCCCGACGAAAAACGUGAUCUCGCCAGGCGAACUGGGCUGACGCUAACCCAAGUCAGCAAUUGGUUCAAAAAUCGUCGGCAACGCGAUCGGACGCCCCAACAACACAGUGACCUACUAAGUGUUGGCAGCUCGGAUAGCAGACAUUAUGAAAUUACUGAAGUUCAUCACAGCAUCAAACCAGCAAUGACUUGCUAUCAAAGCAUGGCUCUGGCAGCUUCUAACAAGAUGGGUCCAUCAGCCACAACAUUAAAAUCUGAAGCAGCCGCCCCAGGAUAUCCAUCUGACGCCGAUAUAGCUGGUUAUCCAUCGCCAACAGAUUACCAAAGUCAUCAUCUCCAACAUAACCACCAUCAUCAUUACAAUAACAACAGUAGUGGUAAUAACCACAACAACAACCAUCUCAAUAAUCUAUAUCAUCAUCAUCACCAUCAAAUGCUUCAGUCGAUACCUCAAACGACUGCUGCAUCACAUUCAUAAUUAUCGAAUUUAAUCUAGUUUUCCCAAAAAUGCCCACCUUAUAUACUGUACAGUACAUAAAUAAUGAAUUUUAUACACUAAUUUCACAUCUUGUUUAUAUUGCUUUUUAUUAUUAAUUAUUAAAGAUGCGUCAUUAGUAUAUUUUAAAAUAAAUCAAAUGUUAUGCCAAAUUCGCUUUUUCUGUAAACUGCAUUUUAAUUUAAAUUUCUAUUCUUUUGUUAGGCUGAGCACCUUUAAAUAAUGUCUUAGUAAAUUAAUAUUAAAAAUUGAGUUUUUUGUACGAUUACUUAUGGCAAUUUUAAAAAUUAUCCAUUUGACAUAUAAUUUUGUAAAUUCUAUACGUUAUUUAAAAAAAAUAAUUUAAAAACUUUGUUUAAUUAUUAAUGAACAUACAAAUUGUAUUAAUAAACAUUCGUAAAUGAAACAAUAAUUAAACUUAUUAAAUAAAUUGUUACAUACAUUUAGGUUAUUCAGUUUAAAAAUGUAAUAACAAAUAUAUAAAUAAAUAAUUAUUUAAUAGUAAUAAGGGUGUACACGAAUACUUCGUUGGUGUAACACGUUUUGAUCUAGUUUAAUUAAUUCUACUAUAAUUAUUUAGAAUACCGUGCCUGGAGCGUGCAAUAGAUUACAAAAUCACUAAAAUAAUUAGUAGUAAAUCACAUUUUGUGUUAUAUAUCAUGUAUAAUAUGUAUAUUUUAAUUGUAUUAAAUAAAAUAAAUGUUUUCUGUUAUACAAUUGUGCUCUAUUACAGGGUAAUUUUUUGUAAAUUUUAAUUAAUUAUAUAUCAUUAAAUAAAUUAAAGACCAACCAAUUUAGUCAUAUUUAUUAAGAGAAGCACGAUCCCCUUAUAAAAAAUCCAUGUCUUAUUUUUACUGAAAAUGAUAUUUUUAGAAACAUUUUGGCCAAAAUAGAAUCGAAAAAUGACACACACAUUUUAACCUCCCACGAAAAAAUAUUUAUAGAUACGACUCUGAACUUAUUCUGCUUUUCAUAGUGUCUAUAAGGGGGUUAGGGGAUGUCA